GCCUGCGCCUGCGCCUGCGCCAACUUCCAGCUAGCGCUGGACCUGAGAGCUGGAGGGGCGUGCGCGCGCGCCCUCGCCCCUGUUGCGCGCGCGGUGUCACCUUGGGCGCGAGCGGGGCCGCGCGCGCACGGGACCGCGAGCCGAGGGCCAUUGAGUGGCGAUGGCGGCGACGGCGAGUCCCGGGGCUUCUGGGAUGGACGGGAAGCCCCGUACCUCCCCUAAGUCCGUCAAGUUCCUGUUUGGGGGCCUGGCCGGGAUGGGAGCUACAGUUUUUGUGCAGCCCUUGGACCUGGUGAAGAACCGGAUGCAGCUGAGUGGGGAAGGAGCCAAGACACGAGAGUACAAAACCAGCUUCCAUGCCUUCACCAGCAUCCUGAGGGCAGAAGGGCUGAGGGGCAUUUACACCGGGCUAUCAGCUGGCCUGUUGCGCCAGGCCACCUACACUACUACUCGUCUUGGUAUCUAUACUGUGCUGUUUGAGCGCCUGACUGGGGCUGACGGUACACCCCCUGGCUUUCUGCUGAAGGCUGUGAUUGGCAUGACUGCAGGUGCAACUGGUGCCUUUGUGGGGACACCAGCUGAAGUGGCUCUUAUCCGCAUGACCGCUGAUGGCCGGCUUCCAGUUGACCAGCGUCGUGGCUACAAAAACGUGUUUAAUGCCCUGUUUCGAAUUGUCCGGGAAGAGGGGGUCCCCACACUAUGGAGGGGCUGCAUCCCUACCAUGGCUCGGGCUGUCGUCGUCAACGCCGCCCAGCUUGCCUCCUACUCCCAGUCCAAGCAGUUUUUACUGGACUCAGGCUACUUCUCUGACAACAUCCUGUGCCACUUCUGUGCUAGCAUGAUCAGUGGCCUGGUCACCACUGCUGCCUCCAUGCCCGUGGACAUUGUCAAGACCCGGAUCCAGAACAUGCGGAUGAUUGACGGGAAGCCAGAAUACAAGAAUGGGCUGGAUGUGCUGGUGAAGGUCGUGCGCUACGAGGGCUUCUUCAGCCUGUGGAAGGGCUUUACACCAUACUAUGCCCGCCUGGGCCCCCACACUGUCCUCACUUUCAUCUUCUUGGAGCAGAUGAACAAGGCCUACAAGCGUCUCUUCCUCAGUGGCUGAGGCGGGUGGGGGGCCUGGAGUCGCUGCGCUGGGGCUCCAUCUCACCCCCUGCUCCUACAGUCAGUGUCCCCCAACCCUGGGGGCCUGGACUCUGCUACCCUGGGCCCCUCUAUUUAUUUUCCCAACACGGUGUGGUUCCCUGCUCUACGGUUAAAGACUUUGGUCUGUCCUGCCCAGCUCCAGCUUGCCCUCCUUGCCCUGAUCAGCAUCAUCUCUGUCCCUGGCUAUACCUUGGAAGCUCACUGGGGAUUUCUGGGGCCUCCUUGGAUAUUAGUUUCAGGGCACAUAGGACAGCAGAAGCCCCUCCCUUUUCAGUGGGGAAACCAAGGCAGGGCUGAAGGGACAGGAGAGAGCAGAAGCCGUCAAGAUGAUCAAAGGUCUGCAGUAGGAGGACGUGGCCCUUCCUCCACCUCACUGAGGACAUAAUCAAUAAAUUGGAUUGCUGACACCACCCCCAAAUCUGGAGAGUUGUGGGCACAGGACGGGGAGGAGACCGGACAAACGAGCAGAUGCUCCUGGAGAAUAGGAACUGGAGUUUGUAAGAAAAAUUAUUAAAGAAAGAGCACUCACGGUUUUUA